CCCGGCCGCUCCGAGCCGCCGACAGACGCCGCGGGAGCGGUGCGGAGCCGUACUGCACCUCCCGUCGCAGAGAGGGCAGGUAGGAAGAACCUGGCCGCGGACGACCGCGAAGCCGAUCCCGCCGGGGACGCCCGGGGGCAGCCGGGGUGUUGGCCCCGGCUCCGGGACGGGAGACGCGGCACAAGAGCGGCGCCGGCGGAGCGCGAGCCACGACCCCCGCCCUGCCCGGCGGCGGGAGCUACGGGACGGGGGCGCGUCCGUAACGCCGCAUCGGGCACCUGGUUGAGACACAGUGUCCGAGACGCGCUGGGCAGCGGGGAGGCACCGGCACCUCCUGUGGAGAAUCCAAUAGACAGCCAUGUCGGUCAAGCUCACAUUUGUGUCUCCUGCUGAUGGGGGUGGUAUCAGCAGGAGUUGUUCCUUCACUGGAUUCAGCACUGUGCAAAGCAGGAAAUUGGCGAAAUCUCUCAGCAGAAGUUCAGUGAGAUCAAGAAUGUCACUGAAAUCCCCCAAGGCUUACAAUUCCCUGCAGAAAGGAGCAGUCAUCUGGGAUCCAAAGCCACUGCAGGUGAAGAAAAUUUUUGAAGCUUUGAAGAAAGGACUUAAUGAGUACUUGGAAGCACAUCAGGCAGAAUUGGAUUAUCUCUCUGGACGACACAAAGAUACGAAAAGGAACUCCAGAUUGGCUUUCUACUAUGACCUGGAUAAGCAAAUCCGCUCUGUGGAGAGAUACAUCAGAAAGCUGGAGUUCCACAUAAGCAAGGUAGAAGAACUCUAUGAAGCUUACUGUAUCCAGUGCAGACUACGAGAUGGGGCCACUAAUAUGAAGCAUGCCUUUUCCUUGUCUCCUUCCACCAAAGCCUCCAGAGAAAGCCUAGUGGAGCUUUACAAGAACUUCCAAGAGUGCACAGAGGACAUGUGCUUUAUAGAAAGUGCCUUGGAGGUCCAUUUGGGAGAGUUUCACUUGAAGAUGAAAGGGUUGGUGGGCUUUGCACGUCUCUGCCCGGGGGACCAGUAUGAGGUGUUUGUGCGACUGGGGCGCCAAAAGUGGAGGUUGAAAGGCAAGAUUGAGACUGAUGACAGCCAAACAUGGGAUGAGGAGGAGAAGAUUUUUAUACCCAAUCUUCAUGAGAAGUUUGAAAUCAAGGUGACAGAGCUGCGAGGCCUGGCCACUAUUCUAGUCGGUGUCGUGACGUGUGACGCCAUAAACUUCUUUACAACCAAGCCUCAGGCAAUCAUUGUGGAUAUAACUGAACUGGGCACAAUCAAGCUGCAGCUGGAGGUCCUCUGGAACCCCUUUGACACAGAGAACCUGUUUUUGUCACCUGGAAGCACUGCCAAGUUUUCUGUGGGUAGCAGGAAGAGCUUGUUGUACAACUGGACCCCACCAAAUACUCCCAGCUUCAGAGAGAAAUACUACCUGUCUGUUUUGCAACAAAGGCAGAGCCAAGGGGAUAUAAGUGAUGAAGCUCAGCCUCCCAGCAUAUGGAGCUACCUGGCUGCCUGUGAUUUUGAUGCCCAUGGGAGGAGCAAGCCUCACAUUCCUGCAGAGACAAGCGAGGCAGACUCGUUCAGCUCCGAGGAUCAGAGAGGGACGGAAUCCAGAAACACAACUCCAGCUCCAGACCACAGGCCGCUGCCUUUGGUGAUUAUUCAAGAGAGCUGUGGGGAAGAGCGACAGCAUCCUCCUCCAACUCACACAACUCUGGAUAUCCUGAAGAAGACUCCAUGCAUGGAUGGAUUUCCAAAUAACCCCUCUGUUUUUCUGCAUAGUCACAAAGAUGGCAGAGAUUCUUUCAACCAGACCAGAAAUCGCCGUAAGACAGAGCAAGAAGAUGUGAGCCAGAAAGGCUUGGGUGCUGCAAAUGACCUAAAACUUGAUGGACACACAAAGUCAAUUGAUAAGACUCUCCAAGAAGUGUUAAACUUGCUGAAAUUACAUGGUGUGGGGCAAGCCCAGCUGGAGAAACUGGAAUACCAGGUCUCAUCUCUGCGAGAUAAACUAAAGCCAAAGCCACUUCUUCACAAACAUUCAUCUGUGGAAAGUUUAAUGGUGGAGACAGUACUGGAAAGUUUUGACUUCUUAAACACUGACUGCAGUGCUGAUGAGCUUUCAUUGUUUGGAAGCAUAAGAACAGCCAGUAUCAGCACAUACAAUGACAACACACUUCAGUCCCUGAGCUGUGACAUAAAAACAGAAACAAGAGAUGUAACCACUGGUGAUGACAACCUGGACACACUUCUGAUAACUCAUCUGAAGUUGUGCAGAGGUCUUCUGCAGAAACUGAAGUCACCCAAUGUAGCCCAGGUUGUCCAGGAGAGCAUUUUGGAAGAAGUAUCUGAGCAGACACAAGUCCUGGGGAAUGUCUUGGACAUGUCUGUUGAAGAAAUUAUUCAGAAGACUAAAAAGAAGAAGCACUAUCUGAAAAUCUGGAGUGAUCUUGCAGAGCCUGGCAGCAUCUUGUUCACUUCAGCAGAGAGAUUCCGGCAUGCACUGAAAUACACACUGAUGCUCAAAGUGAGGGAGAAGUACCCCCACCAGCUGGAAGCAGUGCUGCAGAAGUUGCUGGAGCAGAUCACCACCUGUGAGGGGUUGCUGCCUUCCCCUCCCCUCCAAACAGAACUGGUUACUUUAUUCCAGUUUUAUAGCUAUCUGGAGAAACACCAUAUCACCAGCCUGGAGAAACACCUGGGAAAACUUGCCAAAGAAGUAAUGCUGAUUGAGGAGCUACAAUGCCCUGGACGCCUGAAGACGCUUAAAAAACUGAAAGGAAAGCGCCUGAACAAACUGCAGCCUCUGCCACAGACCCUGCAGCUCCUUGGCAUUUUACAGCUGGAUGACAACCACCGUGUCAGCAAAGCAGCCACUUCCUGCCUCUCCCGGGCAGCAGCAAACAAGAGCUUCAGGGAAAAGGCUCUUCUAUUUUACACUGAUGUUUUAGCUGACCGUGAUCCAAGACUUCAACAGGCUGCAUGUCUGGCUCUUAAAAACCUCAGAGGUGUUGAGAGUAUUGAACAAGUUGCCCACCUGUGCCAGUCUGAAACAGAGGAAGUCAGGAAUGCAGCCAGGGAAACGACACUCUCCUUUGGUGAGAAGGGCCGACAAGCCUUCGAGAAAAUGGACAAGAUUUGCUGUGAACUAAGAGAAACUGCACAAGAGGCUGAAAUUGAAAUCACAGUAUUUUAGUUGUGGAAUAUGAGGAGCUGAAUCACUCCUCACAGCCACAGAUGAGGGUUUGGUUUUGUUGUUUAUCAGUGUCUGGUUUACUUAUGUUCUGCCCUGCUCUAGCCAUGCUGCACUGACAGAGGGCAGGUCUGUUUCCAAAGGUGGGGGGGGAGAGUUUACAGUCUGCACCAAGGAGCCUGGAAUGUGUUUUUCCACACUCAGCACAUAGUCAAAUACCAAGUGCUGAACAGAUAAAAACUAGGGUCUCUUGGGGUAUGGAAGCAGGUUUUUCCAUCUUGGUGGAAUUAUCUGUCCCUGCUCA